AUGUCGGCUUUCCAAAAGCCAAGUUCCAUAUCUGUUAAGGGAUUCAGGAUUUCUACUCAGAAGCGACCUAUACUCAAAGCCGAUCCGAUCGAGGACAUGACAAACCAGUUGGGUAUCGCCCCACCAGAGAUGAUUUUUGGUGAUAACUAUGUAACUAUUGAUUAUGAAAUGGGAAAUUGGGGCAUCACUUUCAACGCGUUUGAUGCCUUGGAUCGUGUAGAUAAGACAGGCUCAUCAAUGUUAAAAGUUGCACAUUCGAAAGAAUGGCAAAAAAGCAGGGAGAAAAACCACGAAGGGAUCAAAGAAGUUGUCAAACCAUUUGACUGGUCCUAUAGCACAGACUAUCCGGGUACUCUUCUUGCGGGAAGCCCGCCGUUUGAGAAAACAAACAAGCCCAUUCCUGUCGAAUUGCUAAAACGUCCGGAUCCCAUCUUAUUUUUCGAUGAUGUCGUUUUAUAUGAAGAUGAACUCGCUGACAAUGGGAUCACGACGUUGUCAUGUAAGAUUCGUGUCAUGCCAAACCGUCUGCUUCUGCUUUUGAGAUUUUUCAUGAGGCUUGAUAAUGUUCUGUUUCGCCUUCGCGAUACGAGAGUGUAUAUUGAUUUUGAAAGACUGGAAGUGAUUCGUGAACACCAGUCCAAAGAAUGCGAUUACGAGACUGUCCGCCAGGUCUUGGCAACUACCAGAGAGGAUGUUCCAGCCGUUAUGAGAGAUCCCAACAGACUAUCAGAAAUCCUUCCGCUUCUUGAGAAGCGGUUGGAACGAGUCGUGUUGGGGGUGUAG